CUAAAUGUUUUGUUGCAAAAUAAUUGUAAAUUUCAAAGAUAAAUAAUGUCGCGUCGCAGCCAGGACAUACCAAUACGUCCGCGUUAUGGCUACACAGAAGACGAGCAAGCGGGAGAGGGAGUUGCCCAGCCGCCAGCUUCCUCGUACACAGAAAUACCGUUUUUGGCACAGUAUCCCGGACCUGUGCCCGAACACGUCCUGCAAGACAUUACACCAACGGCCAGCAGAGGUCCACCACAUAGCCAAGAGAGUUAUACAAAUUUAGAUUCUGGUGAAGAAGAGGAGGAGGAGAGUAACAGCAAUUCCAAAGAUAGUUCCGAGGAUCAUGCUCACGCCCACAAAACACGCCCCAAGUCACAAAGCAGUUUUCCCUACGAAAUAGAAAUAGAAGGUGAUUCAGAUCCCGGCCAAAUGCGUCAUUUUGUGUCUCACAAUCUGGAGGCCAAGUUAAGGGAAAGUGGUAUGAGUUCCGCCCCCACCGAUUCGGAACAGACGACACCCUCUGGGGCAUCGUUACCGCCGGGCAAUUUGACGCAACGUUUCCUUCAGUGCCGCAAUGUCCCCGAGAUUGAUGGGAAUGUGUUGAGUGAUAUUGAACUAGAGGCUCAGUAUUUAGCCACCUCUGUAGAUAAUCUUUUAGAGAAUUUGGGUAAUCUUUUGCAUUCCAUAUCCUCCAUUACUGCCGACAAUGUAGAGGUUCAUAAAAACGCUGUGAAUAAGCUAACUGAUGCUUUGGAUGCCAAUAUCAAGUGUCAAUAUCAAUUGCUGGCAAAGGCCGAAGAGAUAACCAAAUCUAUGAAGCCCACAGAACAAUUGGGACAAAGGAUCCGUGAAAUCAAGCGCCUUGUCGAUAUGCUGGACAGCACUAUGUAGGAACAAGCCCAUGACAGUGGCCUAGUUGCAUCACUGGUUCUGGAUUCAUCACCAUCACAAAUGGCAACCAUGACUUUUGCAGAUACGCCCUGUACUUUCAUUUAAAUUUAAUAUUUAUUUUUCUAGUCAUUCCUCAAUUAAAGUUUUUCCACUUUGGCUUUUACAAUACGUAGUGGAUAAACAGGA